CCGUUGCGGCGGGCAGGCGCGGAGCGGCGGCCGGCAGCGAGCGAGCCCGGCUCGGCGAGCCCAGCUCAGCUCCCUCCCCCCCGGCCCCCUCCGCCAUGAAGCGCGGCGGCGAGCGGCGGGCGCUGUGGUUGGCGCUGCUGUGGUUGUGGCUGCCGGGGCGCGGUGCCGGCGCCGCCAUGGACGAGUGCCGGGAGGAGCGGAGCGGCCGGCCCCAGCGCUGCAUGCCCGAGUUCGUCAACGCCGCGUUCAACGCCAGCGUGUUGGCCACCCACACGUGCGGGGCGCCGGCCGAGGAGUACUGCGUGCAGACCGGCGUCACCGGCGUCACGCAGUCCUGCCACCUCUGCGACGCCGCCCAGCCCCACCUGCGGCACGGCGCCGCCUUCCUCACCGACUACAACAGCCCGGCCGAUGCCACCUGGUGGCAGAGCCGCACCAUGCUGGCCGGCGUGCAGCACCCCACCGCCGUCAACCUCACCCUGCACCUGGGAAAGGCCUUUGACAUCACGUACGUGCGUCUGAAGUUCCACACCAGCCGGCCGGAGAGCUUUGCCAUCUACAAGCGCACCAGAGAAGAUGGCCCCUGGGUGCCCUACCAGUAUUACAGUGGCUCCUGUGAGAGCACCUAUCACAAAGUCAAUCGUGGCUUUAUUCGGACUGGGGAGGACGAGCAGCAGGCGCUCUGCACAGAUGAGUUCAGUGACAUCUCCCCGCUCACGGGGGGCAACGUGGCCUUCUCAACGCUGGAGGGGCGGCCCGGUGCCUACAACUUUGACAACAGCCCUGUGCUGCAGGAAUGGGUGACAGCUACAGAUAUUAGAGUGACUCUCAAUCGUCUGAACACAUUUGGAGAUGAAGUUUUCAAUGACCCAAAAGUUCUCAAGUCUUACUACUAUGCAAUUUCUGACUUUGCUGUGGGUGGUAGAUGCAAAUGUAACGGGCACGCGAGCGAGUGCAUCAAGAACGAGCUUGGGAAGCUGGUCUGCAACUGCAAACACAACACCUUUGGGGUGGACUGUGAAAAGUGUCUGCCCUUCUUCAAUGACCGUCCGUGGAGGAGAGCGACGGCGGAGAGCGCCAACGAGUGCUUGCCUUGUGACUGCAACGGGAGGUCUCAGGAGUGCUACUUCGACCCUGAGCUGUACCGCUCGACGGGCCACGGUGGCCACUGCACGGGCUGCUCGGGCAACACCGACGGUGCCCACUGCGAGAGGUGCCGGGACAGCUUCUACCGCCUGGGCAGCGAGGAGGGAUGCCUGCCCUGCAGCUGCAACCCUGUCGGCUCCCUCAGCACGCAGUGUGACAGCCACGGCCAGUGCAGCUGCAAGCCCGGCGUGAUGGGCGAGAAGUGCGACCGCUGCCAGCCGGGCUUCCACUCCCUCUCUGAAGCUGGGUGCAGGCCCUGUUCUUGCAAUCCAGCUGGCAGCACAGGGGAAUGCAACGUGGAGACAGGGCGGUGUGCGUGCAAGGACAACGUCGAAGGCUUCCAUUGCGAGAGAUGCAAACCUGGGUUUUUCCAUCUGGAUUCCUCCAAUCCAAGGGGUUGUACCCCUUGCUUCUGUUUCGGACACUCUUCAGUCUGCACCAACGCUGUUGGCUACAGUGUCUACAGCAUCACCUCCAGCUUCCAGUUUGGAGAGGAGGAGUGGCGUGCUGAGCAGCGCGACGGCUCAGAGGUUCCACUUCAGUGGAGUGCGGAGACCCAGGACAUCUCUGUGAUCUCGGACAGCUACUUCCCCAUGUAUUUUGUUGCACCACGCAAGUUCUUGGGUAACCAGGUUUUGAGUUACGGGCAGAACCUGACCUUCUCCUUCCGCGUGGACAGACGGGACACACGCCUCUCCGCAGAGGACCUGGUGCUGGAAGGGGCUGGGCUGAGAGUGUCGGUGCCACUAAUUGCCCAGGGCAACCCCUACCCCAGCGAGAAUGCACUGACCUACACCUUCAGGCUCCACGAGGCUACAGAUUACCCAUGGAGGCCUGCCCUUACAGCCUUUGACUUCCAGAAGCUUCUCCAGAACUUGACUUCCAUCAAGAUCCGUGGGACGUACAGUGAGAGAAGUGCUGGACACCUGGAUGAUGUUACCAUCACCAGUGCUCGCCCAGGACCUGGUGUGCCCGUGGCCUGGGUGGAGAGCUGCUCCUGUCCAGCAGGAUACGAGGGGCAGUUUUGUGAGCGCUGCUCCUCUGGCUACCGGCGAGAGACUCCGAGCCUGGGGCCCUACAGCCCCUGCGUGCCCUGCGCGUGCAACGGGCACAGCGAGACCUGCCAGCCCGAGACGGGUGUGUGCAGUUGCAGGGAUAACACAGCGGGGCCUCACUGUGAGAAGUGCAGUGAUGGGUACUAUGGAGAUGCCACGGCGGGCACAGCCUCAGACUGCCAGCCCUGCCCCUGCCCAGGCAGCUCAAGCUGUGCCAUCGUGCCCCGCACGAAGGAGGUUGUGUGCACCAGCUGCCAGGCUGGCACUACAGGGAAGAGGUGCGAGCUGUGCGACGACGCCUACUUCGGGGACCCGCUGGGGGAGAGCGGGGCGGUGCGGCCCUGCCGCCUCUGCCAGUGCAACGACAACAUCGACCCCAACGCCGUGGGCAACUGCGACCGCCAGACGGGCGAGUGCCUCAAGUGCAUCCACAACACCGCCGGCUUCUACUGCGACCGCUGCCGCGACGGCUUCUUCGGCAACCCCCUGGCCCCCGACCCCGCCGACAAGUGCCGAGCUUGUCACUGCAAUCCCUACGGCACUGUGAAUCAGCAGACGAGCUGCAACCAGGUGACGGGGCAGUGCGAGUGCCUGUCUCAUGUCACUGGGAGGGACUGCAGUGCCUGUGAGCCCGGAUUCUUCAACCUUCAGAGCGGACGUGGCUGCGAGAGGUGCAACUGCCACGCGCUGGGCUCCACCAAUGGCCAGUGUGACAUCCAGAGCGGGCAGUGCGAGUGCCAGCCCGGCGUGGCCGGCCAGCGCUGCGACGCCUGCGAGGUCAACCACUUCGGCUUCAGCUCCCAGGGCUGCAAACCCUGCGACUGUGACCCCGAGGGUUCGCGCUCCCUGCAGUGCCGGGAGAACGGCCGCUGCGACUGCAAGGAGGGCUUCGUGGGCAGCCGCUGCGACCAGUGUGAGGAGAACUACUUCUACAACCGCUCCUGGCCCGGCUGCCAGGAGUGCCCGGCCUGUUACAGACUAGUGAAAGAUAAGGUGGCUGAGCAACGAGAGAGGCUGCAGGAGCUGGAAAAUCUUAUAGCAAAUCUGGGAAUGGGAGAAGACACUGUAACGGAUCAAGCCUUUGAGGAGAGGCUGAAGCAGGCAGAAAGAGAUGUCACGGAGUUGCUUCAGGAAGCACAGAACAGCAAAGACGUCGACCAGGGCCUCAUGGAUCGUCUCAAAGACAUCAACAGCACCCUAGCAAGUCAGCUCAACAGGCUGAGGAACAUCCAGGGCACGGUGCAGGAGACAGAGAACAUGGCAGAGCGAGCCCGGGUGCGGGUGGAGGACACGGAGGACUUGAUCAGCUUAGCUUCUGAUAUGCUUGAGAAGGCAAAGAUGGCAGCUGACAAUGUGUCCAUUACACCUCCAGAGUCAACUGGGGACCCCAACAACAUGACCCUGUUGGCAGAAGAGGCCCGUAAGCUGGCUGAAAGACACAAAAAAGAAGCUGAUGAGAUUGUUCGCACGGCCAAGGCAGCAAAUGAGACUUCCACAGAGGCAUAUCAGCUGCUGCUGAAGACCCUGGCUGGAGAAAACCAAACUGCAAAUGACAUUGAUGAGCUUAACCUGAAGUACAAUCAAGCAAGGAACAUUUCUCGAGACCUAGAGAAACAGGCCAACAAGGUGCUUGCAGAGGCAGAGGAAGCUGGAAACAAAGCUUUGCAGAUCUAUGCUAACCUCACCAGUCUGCCCACCGUGGAUUCCACGGGGCUGGAGAAUGAAGCCAACAAGAUCAAGAAGGAAGCAGAGGAGUUAGAUCAGCUAAUUGCCAGGAAGCUGAAAGAUUAUGAGGACUUGAGAGAAGACAUGAAAGGAAAGGAACUAGAAGUAAAGAACCUCUUGGAGAAAGGGAAGACAGAGCAGCAGACUGCAGACCAGCUCUUGGCUCGAGCAGAUGCAGCGAAAGCCCUGGCUGAAGAAGCUGCUCGGAAGGGCAAUGGCACACUCCAGGAGGCUAACACCAUCCUCAGCAACCUGAAAGACUUUGACAAGCGGGUGAACGACAACAAGACGGCGGCGGAGGAGGCGCUGAAGAAGAUUCCUGCCAUCAGCCAGACCAUUGCUGAAGCCAACGACAAGACGCGGCAGGCGGAGCUGGCGCUCGGCACCGCUGCUGCCGAUGCCCGUGAAGCCAAGGCUAAAGCAGAUGAUGCUGAGAAAAUUGCCAGUUCUGUCCAGAAGAGUGCUGCUGCUACCAAAACUGAAGCUGACAAGACUUUUGCUGACGUGACGGGGCUGGCCAGGGAAGUCGAUGACAUGAUGAAGCAACUACAGGAUGCGGAGAAGGAGCUGAAGCGGAAGCAGGAUGAUGCUGAGCAGGACAUGAUGAUGGCAGGCAUGGCCUCACAGGCUGCCCAGGAGGCAGAAGACAAUGCAAGAAAAGCAAAGAACUCUGUGAAUAGCUUGCUUGCUGUCAUCAAUGACCUGCUGGAUCAAUUAGGACAACUGGAGACAGUGGACUUGAACAAGCUGAAUGAGAUUGAGGGAACCCUGAACAGUGCCAAAGACCAGAUGAAAGAUAGUGACCUGGACCAGAAAGUGUCUUUCCUCGAGAGAGAAGCCAGGAAGCAAGACGAUGCGAUACAGGCCUACAACAGGGACAUUGAAGAGAUCCUGAAGGACAUUAGCAACCUGGAAGACAUCAAGAAGACCUUGCCAUCUGGCUGUUUUAACACCCCGUCCAUUGAGAAACCCUAAGGGUGUGCUGGGGGCGGGGGUAUUCCCCCAGUGAGUGCUGGAGCAGUGGUUUGGCUAUGGAGUGCCUUAACACACAUUACCUUCUUCAGAUCCCCACCUCUUUGCUGCUCACAGCCACUGUUUUCUUUCCAAAUCAGGAUAAGUUGAAAGUUUUUUGGUUUUGUUUUUUUUGUUUUGUUUUUUUUUAUAAGAGAAGCAAAUUAAAUCUCCAUCUUUGGGCAUCAAAGGGUUUUUUUUAAUAUAAAUUGUCUUCCUGAGCACUCUGCCUUUGCCCUUUCUCAGACACAGUUUCCCUUUGAGUAGCACAAGGAUGGGAGAUGCUCUGGACUCUUUGUACUGUGGAUCAGAAAUAACCAUGUGAGCUGUGUACAGCAAGGCAAAACUAACCCUACCUUCUCUCCUCUCUUCUCCCCUUGACUGUAAAAUCCUCUGUCCCAGAGCUCUCUGUCCCUAUGAAGGAAGGGGAUGGCUACCAAAGUAUUACUGUAAUGGCCAGUAUAGCUGCACUCAUUCAGACCCCUCUUCCCGACUUCUAACCCUGUGAAUUUCUUGGUUGUGUUUUUUUUUUUUAAUCAUCAACUAGUGGCCAAUUGGCAGCAGUGGUAGCCUUUGACACAGUACCCGAAGCCUCUUUCUGAAAUGCUUUCUGUGGUGAUGCAUCUGAGAAAAAGGCAGGCUCUGAGAGGAGCUCUUUGGGAAGAGGAGACACUGGUGGAGUGGUAGGUCUUUUCCUGAAGGAGCAUUAGGUCUUGCCAGCUCUGCUCCUGGCCUGCAGGGAAGCUUUGGGUCUGGUCUGUAAGCAGCUUCCUUGCCAGAUAGUUCAGACUGUGAAGUGUGGAAGCCAUGAGCUGUGUUCCCAUCUGCCAGAGGAUCUAUUUUUUUAUUUUUUUGGCUACAAAAGUCUGAUUGACAGAUCAGUUCCAGCAGGAAGUCUUGCUGACGAGGAGAGCCACCACCAUCCAGAGAGCUCUGACAGUUGCACUGACCUUCAUCCUGAAUGUCUGUGGGUGGGGAAGGAAGAGGUGGAAAUGCAAAGGUGUUUCUCCCCAUCUUUUUCCUGAAGAAGGACAGUGGCAUUUUUAUAUCUCCCAGCACUGCUCUCGCCUCUUGCCUGUUCUUGACCUGUCUGCUGCUCUCCCCAGAGCCACUGCAGGGACAUCAGGCCAGGCUGGGGUGGCACUUCUGCCUUUCCCACCGUGCCCAGCUCCCUCUCCAGGUAGUGCCUCCCAGCUGCCUCUUCCUGGUGCUGGGGGGGAGCAGCAGGGAGCCCCUUGCUCCUCCUCCAGCCCCUCCCUGAGACGAGAGCAUCCUCUGUGGCUUCCUCCUUGCCUCCAGCCUGGCACCCCCCCCUCCAGAUCCAAUAUAUAUCUAUCCUUAAACACUAUGCAACUUCCUAUGUUUGCGUAGCGGGGAAGAAAUUAUUAUCUGACACACACUGGUGCUAUUAAUUAUUUCAAAUUUAUAUUUUUUGUGUGAAUGUGAUUAUUUUUUUCCGUGUUUUUUUUUGUUUGUUUGUUGGUUUGUUGUUUGUUUUUUUUUUUUAAUCAAGAUUAUAGUGUGAGGAAGUCUCUUUGUGUGUGUGUAUGUGUGUGUAAAUAUACUCAGCCAUGUUUCCAGAGUGGCACAGCCUGGCCUCCUCCUCGUGCUCUCCCCUGUAGCUCACGGGGUGCACACACCCUGGAUCACUUCUCCUCAUUAUUCCCACAGACCUCAGUAUUUCUCCUAGUUGGGUUCUUGCUUUCUUUCCUCUCCCCUGUUGUCAGCACCCCGAUGGGCAUCAGCAACAGCCACUUUGCCCGUUGGGUGGGUGCUCUCUAGCCCUCCCUCCAAAGCCAGCCUGGAUAGGGGGGUGUCACCAGCACCCCGUCUUGUGCCCCUUCUCCUGGUGCCAGGAGGGGCUGUGGCUUUGCAGCUGGGCUGUGAGGAGCUGUAGCACUGGUGGGAGAUCAAACCCAGCCUUGAGGUGGUGGGAGAGCUGGCUCUGGGGACAUCUUGAUACCACUGUGCAAGGUGGGAGGCUUGGUGCACCCCCGGGCACGGCGCUGCUGGGCAGGGGGUGUUCUCAGCAUCCCCACACCACUCCUGCACCCCCUUCUCUGAGAGAUUCUUGCCAUUUACCAGCUUGGAAUCUCCCCCUGCUUGCAAACAUCCCUGAGACCUAGAGGAGAGCUUACCUGUGCUCACCCCCACGCCUGGGAUGUUGAGGUGGGUGUCCUGGCUGGCUGCUCUCUCUGGCUGUAACCACAUCACCUCUGCCAAGGCUGUGAGAAGAGCAGAUGCCAAGAUGCACAUCUGCCCUGGCUGACCUCAGGCCUAAGGUUUCCUGCUUCCUUGUUUGUUUUUUUUUUUUCCCCCCUUUCCUUAAGCUGUUUUUAACAGAAUUUUAUUUUUAAAUAAAGAAAAACAAACUUUAUAAGCGAUCUCUUAAUCACUACUGCAUUACAGCCAUUAUUCAGUGUAUAAGUCCAGUUAUUUCUUUAUGUAAUGUGAUGAUGCAGCAGCUGCUGGUUGGUGAGUGCUGGGUGUCACGGGCAGUGCGUGGCAGCCCCCUCCUCACCCUGUUCCUGACUGUGGCCCCCUCAGUACGUGCCUUCACUCCAGCUUCUUUUUUGGUUGUUUUUUUUUUUGCCUUAAUCUGUGGUCUUGCUGUCUGGGGCGGUGAACAAAAAAAUGCAACACUUGCAGUUUUUAAUGUAUAAAACAGUAUUUCUUAUUUAUAAUAAAGUCUGAAUAUUUGUAACCCCUUA